AUGUUCAGAACCAGCUUGCGAGCCGCCAGACGGUUACCCAGAACCCCAAUAGCCAACCCGACAUACCGACGCUCUUUUGCUUCACUAAAGCCUUCCUCAGCAGAAUCGCCAGAUUUUGAAAAAGUCACAACACUACCAAAUGGCGUCCGGGUGGCAACCGAGGCCAUGCCCGGCCACUUCUCCGGUGUCGGCGUAUAUCUCGAUGCCGGUGCCAGAUACGAAGAUGACAGUUUGCGUGGAGUCAGUCAUAUAGUCGAUCGGUUGGCGUUCAAGAGCACGAAGCAACGAACCAUGGAGAGCAUGUACGAGUCGAUAGAACGGUUAGGCGGCAACGUCCAGUGCAUUUCCUCGCGAGAAUCGAUAAUGUACCAAUCCGCAGUUUUCAAUCAUGAUGUGUCCACGGCCAUGGGUUUACUAGCAGAGACGAUACUGGAUCCUCUGAUCACCCAAGAGGAAGUGGAGCAGCAGUUGGAGACCGCCGACUACGAAAUUGGGGAAAUCUGGGGUAAAUCCGAACUAAUAUUGCCGGAGCUUUUGCACGGAGUGGCGUACCACAAUAACACUCUUGGAAACCCGUUAUUGUGCCCGAAAGAACGGCUCAGAGUUAUCGACAGAAGCACGAUUGAGAAGUACAGAAGUAUCUUUUACAAGCCGGAGAGGAUAGUGGUGGCUUUCGCAGGAGUACAGCACCAGGAUGCGAUCAAGCUGGUUGAACAGUACUUUGGCGGCAUGAAAUCGACCGCACAGCUUGCCAGCGCAGCACAGUCGUUACCAUCCUCUGCAAACCCGAAGCAGGCCCCGCUACCAUCAUCAAACCCAAAGACGUUACUUUCUAAAAUGCCAUUUUUGAAGAACCUAUCCACAACUGCCUCGCCAUCCGCCUCACACGCAUACCCUUACUUAGAUCCACGAAAUCCGUACCCAAACCUCACAGUCCCAUCCCUAUAUACCGGUGGGCAAACUGAAGUCGCACCGAAAUACGGACCUGGAGAAAACAAGGAACUAACACACAUUUACAUCGCUUUCGAAACUCCCGGAAUAGUUAGCAAGGAUAUCUACGCUCUGGCGACGCUGCAGACGCUUCUGGGUGGAGGUGGAUCAUUCUCCGCAGGCGGUCCCGGAAAGGGCAUGUACUCGAGGUUGUACACCAACGUUCUGAAUCAAUACGGCUGGAUUGAGAGCUGUGUGGCUUUCCAUCACUCAUACAAUGACUCUGGAAUGUUUGGUAUUGCAGCCUCUUGCGAAAAAGAGGCCUCCGGAGCCAUUGCGGACGUCGUACUUCGAGAAAUGGCGAAUACGUUUACUUCAUCGGGUUACAAUGCUCUGCAGGUAUCCGAGGUAGAGAGGGCAAAAAACCAACUUCGGUCGUCGUUGCUCAUGAACCUGGAGAGCCGUAUGAUUGAAUUGGAAGAUUUAGGCAAGCAGGUUCAAUGCCACGGACGGAAGAUUGGACCUGCCGAGAUGUGCAAGGAGAUUGAGAAAUUGACAGUGCACGAUUUGAGACGAAUCGCGGAGAAGGUAUUUACCGGUAAGGUUGUCAAUGUUGGUGGUGGAUCGGGAAGACCAAGUGUGGUCGUUCAGGGCACCGAGGAAGCUGUAAAUGUCAUUGGGAGCGUGGACAGGAGGGCACGGAAGUACGGUCUUGGAAGGAAGCCUUGA